AAGUCUGGAUAGUUUUAAUGGCGAGUAAUAUUUACAUAUAAUAAAUCUACACUACAAUUACAAUACAUGUAACUAAACAUUCGUACAUAGACUAAAUUAAAGAGAUCUAGACCUAGAGAUCUAGAUCUAAACCAAUUCUCAGCAUUAUGCCUCCAACGGUACAGACUGGAAGGCGAGAUGAGAGGGAGAAAAGAUCGCGUCCUGGUGAAAAAAGAUCAGAGCUUGUAUGCAGAGUGAAAUAUAACAAUACUCUACCAGAUAUUCCAUUUGAUCCAAAAUUUAUCACUUAUCCUUUUGAAUCUAACAGAUUUUACACAUACAAGCCAACUUCACUUGAACGGUCAUUUAAAUAUGAUCUGCUUACAGAACAUGACCUGGGUGUCAAUAUUGACCUCAUUAAUCCAGACACAUACAAAAUUGAUCUCAAUGCGGACCCGGAAUCAGAAGAUGAAAGAUUGUUGGAAGAAGACUUGAAUGCUCCCGGUGAUACAAAAAGAUCUCGACAUCACAAUACAAAUGUCUCUUGGUUGAGGAAAACUGAGUAUAUUUCAACAGAGUACAACAGAUUUAUUCAAAAGGCAGAUAAAUCUGAGGCCAAAGUGGGUUUUAAAAUCAAAAGAAUAAUGAAAGAAGAAGAUUUAUACAAAGACAGAGAAAGCCAGAUUAAUGCCAUCAACAAUACUUUUGAAAAAGCCAAACAACCAAUUCAGAAACAUUACAGUAAACCUGGUGUUACUCCAGUUCAAGUAAUGGAAGUGUUUCCAGAUUUCAAGUUAUGGAAGCAUCCUUUUGCCCAAGUUCUCUUUGAUUCUGACCCAGCACCAAAAGGUUAUUCUGCUCCAGUACAGAUGGAAGAAAUGUCUCAAGCCAUGAUCAGAGGUGCAGUAGAUGAGAGUGGAGAACAGUUUGUGGCUUACUUCCUGCCAACUGAUGAGACUUUGCGUAAGAGAAAACGGGAUGCUGAAAACAAUAAAGAAUAUGAGGAAGGAGAUAUAUAUGAAUACCUCUUGGCAAGAGAAUACAACUGGAAUGUUAAGAACAAGUUAUCAAAAGGUUAUGAAGAGACAUACUUUUUUAUCAUGCGAGAGGAUGGUGUUUACUACAAUGAGCUGGAAACAAGAGUACGUUUAAGUAAGCGCAGAAAAACAGUUGCUAAUGCUCAGCUGAGAUCACGUCUCAUUGUCAAGCACAGAGAAUUACAGGAGAAAGAAAUAGAUACUCAGGAGGGUCGUAUGCAGAUGUUGGAGCCACCAGGUGAAGAUGAAGAGGAAGAUGCAAUGCCAAGCCUAAUGCCAGAAGUCACUUCAGGUGAACAAAAAGAAGGUUCUGACCACCAGAGUGGUAGUGAGGAUGGCAACAACUCAGAGGCUGACGACAAAAUCAGUGUCACAUCCGACAGAAGCAGAAGCAAAAGUAGGAGUCGCAGCCGAAGUGUCAGCCGAAGUAGAAGCAGCAGUAAAAGUGGGAGCAGAAGUCGAAGUGUCAGUCGAAGCAAGAGCAGGAGCCGAAGCAAGUCUGGUAGCAGGUCAAGGAGUGCUAGCAGGAGUCCCAGCGGAAGUAGAAGUCGUAGCAAAAGUCCGAGCGAGCAAGGAAGUGAGAGUGAAGCUGAAGAUAAAGACAAAGGAAAGAAAGAUGAAGAAGAAAUUUUCGGUUCCGCUAGCAGUUCUGAAGACAGUGAUUAGGCUUAGAAUACAUACAAUGUUUGUUGUUUCAUAUUUUUUUUAUCGUAUUUUCUGGAAAUGUCAAUAAAUUUAUGAAAGUUUUUACCAUUCAAUAAAAUGUGUCAAAUAAAAUGAG